UAUAUGUAGUUAUUGUAAGUGGGUAUUAAAAAAGGAUCAAAUUACAAUGCAUUCAUGUCUAAAUAUUGAUAACAAAAAGGAACAAAUCUUAGUGAUAGAUAGUCAAAACAGACAUAUUUCCAUACAAGAUAUUGAAAACUAUGAAUUAGAUGAUAUAGAAAACUAUACAGAAAGAAAUGAGGUGGCGAAAGAGAUGAGUAAUAAUGACUCUUAUUCAAUAAAUAAACAAGCAAUUGAUGAAGAUUUAAUAAAUGCUGUCCAAAAGAGACCUGCAUUAUAUGACUAUCGAAUGCCCUUAAAAGAACGAAGUCGACAAAAGAAUGAUUUAUGGAAAAAAGUGUCUAAAGAUUUAAAUGGUAAAAUUUUUAUUUAAUAUAUUUAUUCAAGAUAAUCUACACUUAUAGUUUGUACAGUC